AUGAAUGCAAAACAAUCGGAAGAUUUGUCAAGAAUCCCUCCUGUCUAUUCGUUGGACCCAAGGUCGAAUCUCAUAGUUUUUUAUAACCGGGUACCGAAAACCGGUUCAACAACAUUUACUAAUGCUGUAGCUUACGACUUAUUCAAGGUGAACGGUUUCAACGUCCUGCAUUUGAAUAUGACGAAAAACCGACAAAUUAUGAGCCUCACAGAUCAAAGUGAAUUUAUUGAAAACAUAACAUCAUGGAAAGAGCGACUGCCCGCAUUUUACCAUGGUCACGUGGCCUUUAUCGACUUUGAAAGGCGAGUUACUUUUUUCUAUUUCAGUUUUCAGAGUAAAACUUCGAUAAACACAUUUGGGAAGCCGAACCCUAUCUAUAUCAACAUAGUUCGAGAGCCGCUUGAGCGUCUUUUGUCUCACUACUAUUUUCUUCGAUAUGGUGAUAAUUAUCGUAUCGGGCUGAGGAGAAGCAGAGCAGGAAAUAACGAGACAUUCGAUGAGUGUGUGGUACGUGGUGGGCGUGAUUGUGACAUGAAACAGAUGUGGCUUCAAAUCCCUUACUUCUGUGGGCAUCAUCAUUUUUGCAGUGUCGCUGGAAGUAUGAUUGCACUGGAACAGGCCAAGAAGAAUCUAAUCGAAAAGUAUUUAUUGGUUGGUGUAAGUGAACAGAUACGAGACUUCAUAGCUCUCCUGGAACGUCUUGUGCCUCAUUUUUUCAGAGGAGCACUUGAACAUUUCGAUGGACUCGAUGCAAAUCGAGCUCACCUGCGAAACACAAAGCGGAAAUUCCCUCCAACUGAGCGUACGUUAGCGAUCAUACGAAAGAAUGAGGUCUAUCAACUAGAAAGAGAGUUUUAUGAAUUCGCGAAGGAAGAGUUCCAGGCUAUUUUCAAGAAGGCGACUAAUGGAACUAGCAACGCUAUGGAUGUCCUACGUCUGAAGUCGCAGUACCACUACGAGAAGGUCAAGCCGGAAAAACCAGUUAGCGUCUGA